AACCAAUCCUUCUGGAGACGAAAACUUAGUUGAGAGCUGCGACGACUUGGCCCAACUUCUUCUUGCUUCGCCAGCCAGCUGCGGCUCGCAAUCGUAGACACUAGCUUUCGUGGGCCUCUCUCAAGAAGGAAGAUCUGGGGCUCGCCAUGGCGUUUAACACCUGUUGUGCCGCUGGUUCGAGAGUCGCCGUUCCUUCCACUCUAGCACGCGCAACCGCCACGGCUGCCAACACUGCAAGCCCCAGCGCCAUCGUCAGGCCGCCACAAAAUUCGAUGCGGGGGCUGGCGCUGACGCACCGCGGCACGAGCCAUGGGCCAAUCAAACCCGUGUGGACCAAUCGCCGCGUGGCACGUGGAGCUAGAGCCGCCGUGGCGACUGCUCCCGCGAAGGCGAUUGCGAAAGAAGAAUCUGCGAUACUGUACAAGGUGGAAGAAUUCCCAGACGGCACGGUGAUGCUGCGCUUCGCAGAGCCGGCACAGCCGCGGCCGGCGCGGCCGGCACGGGCAGCGGGGAAGCACGCGGCGGGUGGAUGUGGAGAGAAGCGUGGUAGAGUUUCUGCUGGGUUGCCGGACGCCGCACUGCCGGCGUGCUGGCACUAACGCCGCGAUCGACGAGAUCGUGGGCACCCACGUGCCCCUUCAACCAGCCCAGCAACUGUCGCACCUGGUGACCACCACGGCGCACAACACUGUCACUGCUCUCAAGGAAACCCUCUCGGCGCACAGCCAUCAUCAGCAGCAGCACCACCACCACUCGCCUGCCACCAAUGAUCAUCCCUUGGAACCAGUGCUGUCUGCCAUCACGAGUACUCCUGCACCACCUGCAGUUGCGCCUUCAGCAGCAGCACAGAAGCCAGCAACAGCGCCAGCAGCACCAGCAGUAGCAAGAGCAGCAGCAGCAGCAGCAGUAGAACAUCAGAGCUCAACAGCAACGCAGCUUGCUCCUGCUGCUGCCGCCAGCAGCAGCAUCAGCAUCGUCACCUCGCCUGUUGCACCCGUUGUGCUUGCUGCAGCAGUGGCAGCAGCAGUGCAGCUGGUAGCUAAACGCACGGGCCUGGUGAGGAAGCUACCAGGAAACACCCUCAAGGCGUGGGCGCUAUGGAGCUGGCCUGCUGCGGCUGUGAUUGUAGCUGUGGCUGCUGGUGUGCUUGUGUGGCGCGUGACUAAAGAAAAGGCAUCCGGCAAGACCCUGCCCCUUCUUUCCUAAUGCAGUCCGUGACUGAAUGGGGGCUGCUGGAGUGCUUGUACAGAGCAUGACUUAUCCACUUGCACAAGGCUUCGAUCCAUCCACAAUAUUCCUUUUCCAUGGGGUGUGUGUGUUUGUGUUGAGUGAUACUCGUCCAUAUGCCAAUAAGCGUUUUUUACAUGUACUUUUCUUUUCAUACCGUAAGACCUGGAACAUACU